UAUAUCACCAAGCAAUUUGAGAAGAAAUAGAUAGAUGGAUGAAUCAAGCGGCAACAAUCGUCUAAUAGUUCUUCUGAUAUGUCCUCGGAUGAGGAAAACAACCUCAGGUUAAUCCAUGAAUUGUUAAGCACUUCAAUUUUGAAGACGAAACAACCACAACAUAAAUCAAUUCUGCAAGGCUCUGAUUGGCUGAGCUAGCUUCUGUCCGGGCACCCCGAUCGAAUCUACAAUAUGUUACAUAUGAAUAAAGAAACAUUCCAGAAUUUAUGCCUGUUCCUAAAAGGGAAAGGUGUUUUAAUAGACUCGCAACGGACGCCUGUCUCUUCAUGGAAUCAGUCGCCAUUUUCUUAUAAAUCGUUGGUUUAAGCGAGUGCCAGAGAACGAGCUGCGAGCGGUUCCAACACUCUUUGGAGAUCAUCUCCAGGCACAUGAAAAGGGUUUCGCGAGCUCUAAAUCUUCUUGCACCGGAACUAAUUUGUCCUCCAAAUUUCAAUCAUAAUCAUCCCAGAAUCCUUAACAAUACACACUUCUUUCCAUAUUUUAAGGAUUGUGUUGGCGCAAUUGACGGAACACUUAUAGCAGCAAGUGUUCCGAUGUCCAUGCAAAAUGCAUAUCGUUCACGUCAUGGUGAUAUAUCACAAAAUGUUAUGGCUGUUUGUGAUUUUGACUUGAUGUUCACGUAUGUCAUGGCUGGAUGGAGGGGUAGCGCAAAUGAUGCCCGUGUCUUCAUGGACUGCCUAAAUAAUGAUCAGAAUUUUUCUUGGCCACCAAAUGGUAAAUAUUACUUAGUGGAUUCCACUUAUCCCAAUUUUCCUAGAUUAUUGGCGUCGUACCGUCAAGAUCGUUAUCAUAUCAACUCCUUUAGAGGUAACAACCAGCAAGCCCAUUCACCAAAAGAAUUAUUUAACCAGCGUCACUCACAGUUGCAUAAUGUCAUUGAGCGGGCGUUUGGUGUGCUAAAGAACAGAUUCCCAAUUCUGAAAGGACCUAUGCCGCCAUACAGCUUAGAUCGUCAACGAGAUCUUGUCAUCGCAUGCUGUGUGAUCCACAACUUCAUACGGAAAUUUGGCAUAGAUGACCAAUUUUUUUAACAUGGGGAACGAGGAGAGUUUGACAAUCCUGACAAUGAAGCAAACGAUCAGUUUCGUCGUUUGCCUCAACAAUCGCAAGAAGAUAUUGAUACGCAAGCGGCAUUCCGCGAUGCAAUGGCCGACAAUUUGUGGAAUGAUCGAUGGACCGGUAACGACAAUAUUGAUUGAAUUAUUGUAUUUGCGAUCGCUUAAAAUUGACCAAAUUAAAGUAGUUUUAUUAAGAAAAUAUAUUUCUAGUAUUUUGUGUGUUGGAUUUACAGUUCAAAUGUUUUAUUAUACUAUCGAUAUACCGAUAUCAAAAUGAAA